UAAGUUGGUUUUUUUUUUAUUUGAAGCUUAUGUGAAUUUAAAUUUCAAGGCACAGUAGACAGCAACAAAAACGAAAUAGAAUGGACUCACAACGAACCGAAGAUUCCAUGCUGCGGCUUAAGAUCCGCAGCUAUGCCAAAGAGCAACGCCAGGUGCUGCGUACGUUUGCAACAGAUGCGCUGCGCUUCGGCUUGGGGCAGAUCAGGAGCGAAAUUAGAGAGUUGGAGAAUCUGAGUGCCAAGGAUGUCUGUGGACUGGCUGCAAGGAUCAAGAGGCGUAAGCAUGCCACAUCGGAGGACAUGUACCGUUUGAGCCAUGCCUUUCUGCAGGGCAACGAGAAUAUCAGUACAUUCGUUGGCAUCCCGGGAGCCAUACAGGUACUCGUCAAGGAACUAAGCGGUGCAAAUAUACAACGUCAAAUCGAUGCCGCCGAAUGCUUCUGCAACCUGUCGCUGGGCGAUGCUCACGUUUCGGAGAAGAUCACAGCAUUGGCAGGCAGCUAUUUGGUCACAUAUUUGGAUGGCAAAGAGGAGCGGCUGAAACGCAGCUGCCUUUGGACAUUGGCCAACUUAUUGGCCACCUGCACGAAGGCAGCCAAAACUUUGCUUAAAAUGCAGCUAGUCCCCAAAUUGUGGAAACUCUACACGGCGCCCCCGGAUGACUUGAAUAAAUUCCAGAAUGAUGCUGGCAUUUGCUUGUACCUGAUUGCCACGCACACCGCCUGCGCUGUGAGCGCCGUGGAUCGCAACUACAUUAUGGAGCAUCUGCACGAGAAGCGGCCAGAAGAUCAGGGCAGCGAAUAUUUUAUGUAUAUUAUAUAUCAACUGAAUAUUGUCUGCUCAAAGCACGAGCAGCUAUCCGUGCAGCAGGCUGAAAGUCUGGUCAACUUUUUUGUUGGCCAUGUUAGAAGCGAUUGGGACACCAUUUAUGGUGUUCGUGUAAUGUCCAACCUGUUGGCCAGAGGCGAGCCACAGCUGCUUGGCAGCUUGGCGACACCCGAGAAAUUUCUGAAUGCGCUAAAUCGUUUAUUUGCGCUGCAAGAAUCCAAUCUGAACUAUGAUUUGAUGCGUUUGCUAAAGAACUAUCUAAAUCUGAACAUUGUGGACAGCAAUUGGCUGUUGGAACAGCUAAAAGUCUACGCUUAAGUCUUGGGUAUCUCUUUAUUGGUCUGUGGAUUAGUUUAGGAUUAGAUUAGACAUUAAUUGGUAUCCAGCCCUGGGCUGUAUAUGAGAAUGUGCUACAUUAUACAUUAAAAUAAAUAAAAAUGCUGCAAAAUGGAUUUAAAAAAAAAAAGCACGACAUGAAUAAAC